AUGCCUCAGGGUGGUCAUGGAGACAGAGGGCAUCCUGGAGGUCCUGGUUUCCGAGGCCGGCCGGGCACUAAGGGGGGUGAUGGUUAUAAAGGCAGGCCGGGAGAGAAGGGCCAGGACGGAGAUAAUGGUGGUAAGGGGGGUGAUGGUUAUAAAGGCAGGCCGGGAGAGAAGGGCCAGGACGGAGAUCCGGGUUACCCUGGCGACAAGGGGGAGGAUGGAGAAGACGGUGCACCGGGUGGACCUGGCGGCAUGGGAGCAAAGGGCGACAAAGGCAGUAUAGGCCCUCUGGGCCGUCCAGGCAUACCUGGCCCCGAUGGAAGAAUAGGACCCCAAGGCUUUCAGGGUCCACAUGGUCCUAUCGGUCCGGCGGGCAUCAGAGGGGUACCUGGACCUCAGGGCUUGAAUGGACUUAAGGGUCCCGACGGAUACCGAGGACCCAGGGGAUUACCAGGACUCCCCGGGGAGCGAGGUCUCAAUGGAGACAUGGGUGUGAAGGGCAGAGACGGUCGACAAGGGACCCCAGGACCACCUGGCAACCCAGGACGGCGAGGUCGCGAUGGCACGCCAGGACCAGAGGGCCCGGAAGGACCGGAAGGACUAAAAGGCAGAAAGGGUGACAAGGGACUUCCGGGUCUGCAAGGGCUGCCAGGACUGCCAGGGACCAAGGGCAUCCAAGGAGGCCCGGGGGGACCCGGCCGGAAGGGUGACCGCGGAGACCAGGGUCCAGCAGGCAAACAGGGUCCGCAGGGAGAUGAGGGAAAGGGCCCUGGGCCUCCGGGGCUGAAAGGGCCACAGGGGCCUAAGGGUCUUCGCGGAUUCCAAGGAAGGAGGGGGAUCAAGGGCCACCAAGGAGUCCCUGGUGGAAUGGGAAUCAUGGGUGUUAUGGGUGACCGUGGCGACCCAGGACCUGCUGGUAAUCCAGGACGCCCAGGCCCACCGGGUAUUCCAGGGAAGGCUGGGAAGGACGGACAAGAGGGAAUAGACGGGCCAAUGGGAUACAUCGGCCCCAUCGGACCCCGCGGACGCACUGGAGAGAGAGGACUGCCUGGACCCCCCGGACCUCCUGGGCGCCCGGGCCCCCCCGGCCCGCUCAUCCCCAGGCCCGGGCCAUCGCCUUGGAAUGGGAAGGGGCCGGCGCCAAUACAUUACAAGGGCCCCCCAGCCCCAGCGCCAGAACCCUACAAAGGCCCUGACGACAACCGCUAUGACCCUUACAGACCAGACCACUACGACCCACCAGGGCCUGGGUACGACCCCGAGAGACCAGACCAUUACGACCCUCCUGGACCUGGGUACGACCCCGAUAGACCAGGUCACUAUGACCCACCUGGGCCUGGGUACGACCCUGACAGACAAGGUCAUUAUGACCCACCAGGGAGAGCAUGGCCGAUAUAUGAUGAAUACCCCCAGUACGACGACCCCGAGGCAGCCCAGCAGGAUCAGGGGUCAAAGGUCACCCAGGAAGCCGAGGGGAAGCAAGGGGGAGCCGAGGAGGCCUCAAGACACAGGGAACAGGUUGAGGCGCGUCUGAAGAGGCUGAGUCUGGAGGUGGAGAGCCUGGUGAGCCCGCGGGGCACCCGACAGGACCCCGUACGCAGCUGCCACGACCUCAGGAUGUGCCACCCCGACUGGAAGAGCGAUUUCUACUGGAUCGACCCUAACCAGGGCACCGCGGACGAUGCCAUCAAGGCCUUCUGCGACAUGGCGACGGGCGAGACCUGCGUGUACCCGACCGUGCCCAGCGUGCCGCGCAAGGCCUGGUACACCAGCAGCAAGGGCGCCAACACCAAGCACAUCUGGUUCAGCCAGGACAUGUCCGGAGGGUUCCAGUUCCAGUAUGGCAGCCCGGAGGCUGACCCCGACGACAUGGACGUGCAGCUCUCCUUCCUCAGGCUCAUGUCCACCCAGGCCCACCAGAACCUCACCUACCACUGCAGGAACAGCGUGGCCUACCUGGACCGGCGUACGUCUGACCUGAAGAGGGCGCUGUUGCUGCAGGGCUCCAAUGAGAUCGAGAUCCGGGCCGAGGGCUAUGGUCCCCUCACCUACAGCGUCACCGAGGACGGCUGCUCGUCGCACACCGGCACAUGGGGCCAGACAGUCAUCGACUACAGAACAACGAAAACAUCUCGCCUGCCCAUCGUUGACAUCGCUCCUAUGGACGUUGGUGCUCCUGAGCAGGAAUUUGGGGUGGAGGUCGGACCCGUCUGCUUCUCAUAAAAUGGAGGAAUAUGGACUCUUACUGCUUGUUUUUUUUAUUUUUACUCUUUUUAUGUUCAAUCAAUGAUAUGAUUCAUUGACAGUUGUUCUUGACAUUUAUUUGUUGUUUUGUUUUUUGGUCGGAUCAACUAUCGCACACAUCCCCACAGUGUUUUUUGUCCACUAAGGUAGAAGAAAAUAUUUUGUAACUGGACACAGUUAGCCCAAAGUUUCAGAAAAGUGUUUACGAUGUAAUUGAGUGUAUUUUGAUCAUUUUUAUUGUAUUGUCUAAAAUUCAAUUCAAUUCAAUAGAAAAGACAAAUCAAUCCAAAAAAUCAAAGCAAUGACAGUAAUUGGCCUAGAAUAAUGAAAAUACCUUUUUUUAUUUGUCCCAUUAGUUGGUUUGGUCCCGGUCCAAUAGGGGUUUUUUUUUUCAUCUUUUUGUGCUGUUUUAAAUUCCAGGACAAUAACAUUGGUGUCAAACCAAAUUGACCACUUUUCUAAUUGGUCUGUUAGAUAUCUUGUAAGUGUCUUGUAUUUGGAAGCGUAGGACUGAAAAAAAAACAUGGUGCUCUAGUUUUCACAAUAAACCUGCGUGGGAGUACAACCAUUAACAGUAAAUGUGACUCGUUUAUUAAGAAUUUUAAAACACCAGGAACACCAGGGCCGUGCAAAGACGUUAGGAGAGGCAGGGGCUCAGCUUUUCAUUGUAUUAAAAAAAGAAAAAAAAACAUGUCGACUGUAUUUAAAAGUCAAUUCUUAAUUACAUUGUGAUAGACAAUGCAUAGAAAGGCUCAGUCCUUUUAAAUUUUAAUUUAAACCUAAACCCCUAAAGAUCUAAUUUAAACCUAAACCUCUGUAGCACCCCUUCUUUGCACAUCCCUGUGAAACACAGCCAUAUCUGAAAUACAAUGACACACAUUACCUUACAUUACGUUACAUUGCAUUUGGCAGACGCUUUGUGACCGAAGCGACUUUCAAAAGAGGACUUUCAAAAGAGGAUAAUCAUAGUCAACAUCACUAGUAAAUACAAAGUGCACAGGACAUAUACAGAACAACAAGUGCAGAUGCAAAGAAGAGUUAGUUUUUUUUUUUUUUUCAUAGGAGUACACACAUGCACACACACACACCCAUACACAUACAUCAUGUCAAGAGUCUGGCCUGGGGCUAGGUCAGCUCAAACAUUAGUCUAGUAGAUACUCACACACCUUAAUAACACACAUCAAAUAAAGUCAAAUAGAACACAGGAAUAGCAAGCCUUGAAAUAAUAAAAAAGCAAUUCUCAGCUACAGUAGGAGCCACUGAUUUUUUAUUCCAUGUUUUUUUUUUUGACAGUACCAUGAUUUGUCCUUGCAGGGUCCAGCUCAAAACACCUUGAAAGUCUCAGGGAAACAACAUGCACAUGGAACAGGCAAAAAGUGGCUCCAACUGUUGUUUCAGGCUGAGUAAUAGGGGUGGCUAAAGGGCUCAAAACUCAAUGCGUAUCACGAUACAAAAUGGUAAAUGGUAAAUGGACUGCAUUUAUAUAGCGCCUUU